UUGUCAAUCACAAUUCCAAAUUAAAAAAAAAUAUUCGCAUUCUUUUUUCUAAUCGACACGAGGUGUACUUUUAUGUUUUGAAUGUGAAUUUAUGGUUUUUUCUUCAGAGUUUAGCAAAAUAUAUAAUAUUAAUAAUUCUUCAUUUACUUCUUGUUCUUCGGAUUAGGAGAGCACGAAUCGCGUAAAACCUAUCCUGACACAUUGAAGAUGAAGUAAAUUAUAAUUCUAUGGGGAUAUUAGUCUUGCAGACUGUUGGAAGCACAUACCACAAUGAACAUUGGUGUUAUGGGUGCCGAGGGAGCAGGAGAAGUGGGCCUUAUAGCUGAUGACCUAAGUCGUGCUGUGGAGCUCACCCUCAAUCCAUCAGUUUCACAGGAUGCACGUAACCAGGCCUACAAUGCUUGUGAGAGCUUUAAAGAGAACUCACCAUGGUGUGCUCAGGCUGGCCUGCUUUUGGCUAGUGGCAACCAAUACUCGGCAGUUGUAAAGCAUUUUGGCUUACAGCUCAUGGAACACACCAUCAAGUACAGAUGGACUCAGAUAACACAACCUGAGAAGUUAUUUAUUAAGGAAAAUGCAAUGAAGCUGUUAUAUAUGGGUGGGUGGGAGACAGCGCAUCUUAACGAUGCUCUGGCACGAGUAAUUGUGGAGAUGAUUAAGCGUGAAUGGCCCCAGCAGUGGUCGACAUUGCUUGCAGAACUAAGUGACGCAUGCGCAAGGGGACAUCUUCAUACACAGAUCGUGUUGCAUGUUUUUUUGAGGCUUGUUGAAGAUGUCGCUACACUUCAGACCCUGGAGCAGCACCAACGAAGAAAAGAUAUACAUCAGGCACUAACAAGCAACAUGUCGGAGAUUUUUAGCUUCUUCAUGCGUUUAAUUGAAUUGCAUGUGCAGGAGUUCAAAGAGAAGACUGCUGCUGGCGACUAUGUCGCCGCUACUAGUAACGGCAGAGUUGUUCAGGUUGUGCUGUUAACAUUGACGGGAUUUGUAGAAUGGGUGUCGACAAAUCACGUAGUUAUGAAUAAUGGACGUUUGCUGCAAAUUCUGUGUAUAUUGUUACAAGACGAUGCAUUCCAACUUCCAGCCGCCGAGUGUCUGCUGCAAAUAGCUAAUAGGAAAGGCUCUACUAAGGAGCGAAAACCACUUAUGAUAUUAUUCAGUGAAGAUGCAAUCUCAUGUAUCCACCGCGCGGCGGUCUCCAGCAUUAAUGUAAUGAAUGAAAAUCAUUAUUUAUUCCUCAAGAAACUCUCACAGGUCAUAGCAGGUCUCGGCCAGCAACUCGUCUCCCUUUGGAGUUGUGCCACCAACCUCGAAUCAUGGAUGCCACUUCUACUGGAAACUAUGCUGUUGCUCACAUCACAUCCGUCCCUAACGCUAACCCAAACCGUGAACACUGUGUGGUUGAUGUUCUUGAGACAUGACCAAAUAUCGAAGUUACCACAAUUAGUUGCCAUCAUACCCAGGUGGUUACAGGCGUCUGCUCCCAAAGUACUUAAAGUAACAUACCCGACAUCGCGAUCGACUGACGUCAACGACGCGAUCACAUACGCUUGUAUAGACUACGACUGUGAACAAGAGUUCGCUAUAUUCUUUAGCCGGUGUCGAACAGAAAUUUUAGAAGGCUUCAGACACUGCAUGGUGGCGGCGCCGCUGGUGACGUGGGCGCACGUAGAGCAGUGGACGCGUGCGGCGCUGGCCAAGUUGGACACGUGUCCUCCGCGCGUCGACGUCACGCAUCCACUACACGUCGAGUGGGAGGCGCUCUCCAUGGUACUGGAUGUGGUCCUCUCCAGGCUGCUUCAAGCGGACCCUCGUCCCAAUGUAGUAGAGGGUCUACAGCUGCUACAGCGCUGUGUAGCGAGCGACCCACCUGCGCCUCUUAUACUGUCGCUCCUGCUCUCUUUUAUAUCCGCUUUAUUCGUGUUUUUAAGUUGUGCAUAUAGUCAAAUUGCUGGCGCCGGCGCGGGCGCGGCGGGCGCGGAGCUGCUGCCGCGCGUGCUGGACAAGAUCUUCGCGGCGCUGGUGUACGAGGGGCCCGCCGGCCUGCCGCGCGACGACGGCGACGACGGCCGCCGCUCGCGCGCCGUCAAGAACGUGCGCCGCCACGCCGCCGGCCUCCUCGUCAAGCUCGGCACCAAGUUCCCACUGCUGCUGCUGCCGGUGUAUCCACGACUGCUGGAGAUGAGCCGGGCAGCGCUGGCUCGGCCAGAUCUCAGCGCGGUCGAGAGCGUCACCCUCCAGGAAGCCCUUUUGUUGGUCUCCAACCAGUUCUGCUGUUACGAGCGGCAGGCUGCUCUAGUCGAACAGGUGCUGGGCCCGUGGACGGCGCGGUGGGCGGAGCUGGCGCCGCACGUGGGCAGCGCGGCGGCGCUGGCGCGGCUGGUGGGGCUGGACGCGCCCGCCGCGCCCGCCGACGCCGACGACGAGCCGGCGCGCGCGCGCCGCACGCUGCUGCACGCGCUCACGCUGCUGCUCGGCGUCGUCAAGCGCGUCUGCGUGCCCGCCGACCCGGACAAAGCGACGCGCGGCGGGUUCAGCGCGGGCGUGAGCGCGUCGGGCAACCCGGUGUGGCGCAACCCGUGCAGCGCGCACGUGCUGCCGCUGUUCCCGGGCGCGCUGGCGCUGUGCCGCGCGCUGCACGAGCUGCACGCGCCCGCCGCCGCCGCGCUGCGCCACGCCGCGCACGCGCGCGCGCUGCAGCCGCCGCCCGCCGAGCGCCGCAACCUGCUGGCGCUGCGCGACCCGCCCGCGCUGCCGCCGCCGCUUCCGCACCACCGCAUGCAGAACUUCCUCUACACGCUGCACGACAACGUGUGCCACCUGGUGGGUGCGGCAGCGAGCACGCUGGGCCGCGAGCUGUACGCGGUGCCGGAGCUGGCGCGGUUCCUGUCCGGCUCGCUGCUGUACGGGCUUGAGCACCUGCCCGAUCAUUGGCUACGCCCGAUCUUCCGCAACGCGCUCAAGCCGCUGCUGCACCACUGUCCGCCCGCGCAUUUCGAAGACGUCGCGCUGCCGCUGCACGAUCUCGUAGCACCAUUCAUGUUAAUGCAUUUAUCACAAAGAUGGGAGUACAUUACGUCUCUGUAUGAAUCGGGCAAGUUAGAAGAAGAGGCAGGUAGUGAAUCACAAGAGGUACUCGAAGAUAUACUUGUCAGGCAUCUGACGAGAGAGCACUUAGAAGUUGUUAAGAUCUCGCUGGUGGAGGGUCCGCUGGUGGCGGAGGCGGCGGCGGGCGACAUGGAGGAGGAGAGCCCGGCGCCGCCGGCGCGCGCGCCCGACACCGUGUCCGAGCUGGGCGCCGCGCUGCUGCACCACCCGCGCGCCGGGCCCGCGCUGCUGCACACGGUGCUGCGCGCGCUGAUGUGGAACGACUCGCCGUCGUCGCUGCGCGCGUGCACGCUGGCGCUGCCGGCGCUGCGCUGCGCACUGGCGGGCGGCCGCGUGGGGCCGGCCGAGGCCAACGGCGCGCUCGCCGCCGCGCUGCACGCGCUGCGCACGCACGGCCAGCACGACGCCAACCAGGCCGCGCUGCUCGCGCUCGCCGUGCAGGCAUAUGAGACACUGCGGCCACGGUUCCCGGGCGUGGCAGCGGUGCUGCGCGAGAUCCCCGACGUGGACGAGCAUGACCUGCACAGGCUCGACGAGAAGCUCGCCGCCAACACCGCUAAACCCUCCAAGAUCGAUAAAAGCAAGCGAGACCUCUUCAAAAAAAUCACCUCUAAGUUAAUUGGUCGCAAUGUAGGACAACUAUUCAAGAAAGAAGUGUCGAUUUUGGACUUGCCAACGAUGCCGGCGGUGGAGCGACCGCGGCCACUCGAAGCAGACGGUGUAGCAUUUGAACGGUUGUUUGCUGGCGCGCCCACGUAGCGACUAGCAGCUGCAACCAUGUCUCAUGAUAUCCCAUAUAAUGUAUAAUAAUUAUAUCAAUGUAAUAUUAAAUUAUGUUAAUUAUUCAA